GCGAUAGACACAAUGUCUGUGAUUUUAUUACUUCUAGUUAUCAGUAUAAUUGGGCUUAUCUUUGUCUGGUUACAUCAACACUAUGGCUAUUGGCGCCGCAAAGGUGUGGCCCAGGAGCGGCCUCUGUAUUUCUUGGGUCACAUGAAAGGCUUUGGUCGUAGUCUACACUGGACGGAUAUCAAUCAGAGAAUCUACGAAAAGUUCAGUGGAACUCAACGUUACUGUGGCUUUUUCACUUUUCUAAGUAAAGCUUUAUUUGUAAUGGAUCUGGAUUUGAUAAGGCAUAUAAUGGUCAGUGAUUUUGGCAGCUUCGCCGAUCGGGGUCUCUUUCAUAAUGUAAGAGAUGAUCCUUUGACUGGAAAUCUACUGUUUCUUGAUGGUGCCGAAUGGCGUUGGCUGCGUCAGCAUUUGACUCCAGUUUUUAGUUCAGGUAAAAUGAAAUUUAUGUUUCCCACCAUGGUUGAAGUGAGCGAGAAAUUGAUAAAAGUUUGUCAAAGCCAAUUGGGUGACAUGGAAGCCAAGGAUUUGUGUGCACGGUUUACCACAGAUGUUAUUGGCAGUUGUGCCUUUGGCUUGGAAUGCAAUAGUCUCAAUGAUCCCGAUGCACUAUUCCGUCACAUGGGUCGUUCGGUGACAGAGAAACCUCUGCACUCUGGCAUAGUGAUAGCUUUGAUGUUUGCUCAGCCGAAUUGGGCCAGAGCAUUGCGUUUGCGACUCUUUCGACCCGAGGUGAGUGAGUUCUUCCUAAACACUGUGAGUCAAACACUGGAGUACCGAAGGCGAGAGCAUAUACAACGUCCGGAUCUAAUGCAGUUGCUUAUGGAAUUGAAAGCAGAAGAUAAAACCAGUGAUGGCUUAUCCUUCGAACAAAUAACAGCUCAAGCUUUAAUGUUCUUUCUGGCUGGUUUUGAUACCUCCUCAACCACUAUGUCGUUUUGCCUCUACGAACUGGCUCUGAAUCCCACUGUUCAGGAGAGACUUCGUCAGGAAAUAAUUAAGAAAUUAGGAUCAAAUCAACAGCUUAAUUAUGAGAUAAUACAACAAAUGCCUUACCUAGAUCAGGUUAUAUCCGAAACUCUACGCAAAUAUCCCAUUCUGCCGCAUCUGCUGCGUCGCUCGACCAAAGAAUAUAGUAUACCCGAUUCGGGGCUUAAGAUAAAGCCCGGCAUGCGAGUAAUGAUUCCUGUACAUAGCAUACACCAUGACCCGCAGCUAUAUCCGGAGCCAGAGGUAUUCGAUCCAAGUCGCUUCGAGCCGGAGGAGAUUAGGAAACGUCAUCCAUUUGCCUAUUUACCCUUCGGGGAAGGUCCACGCGCUUGCAUAGGUGAACGUUUUGGUAAAAUGCAAGUGAAAAUCGGCAUUAUUUCGCUGAUCAGAGAUUUCCAAUUUUCCAAAUCGGAACGUACACAGAUUCCUCUUCAGUUUUCCAAAGUCAAUUUUCUUAUUGGCAGCGAGUCUGGAAUACAUCUGAAAAUGGAAAGACUAUCAAAUAUAUAAUUUAUGUAUAUACCAAAUUAGUAAGAGCCCAAAGAAACAAAGAUAAACUUUUAAAUAAAGCAUAAAC